CACGUGUUGCGGAUCAUGCUAAUAUGAUACCCGCCUCUCUGCUUUCUGUCUCAGUCGGAGACCAAACAUUCGGCAAGUCUCUCAGAGUCGAUCGCCGUACGUAGUGAGAGCAGCUGAACCGCAAACAAUCCGGCAUGUGGAAGCGCCGCCUGACACACUCCUUCUCCGGUGUACCUCUCUGUAUACUGAUGGUAGCUGUUUGCGCGGUGUUCGGUGAAUACUGUGAGGUGAACAAGUGCCACAAUGGCGGGACCUGCGUCACUCGACGGGGCAGCCCCCCCUUCUUCUGCGUCUGUCCUGACGGCUUUGGCGGGGAGACUUGCAACACCACGGAGAUCGGGCCCUGCAAUCCCAACCCCUGCAAGCAUGGUGGCAUCUGCGAGGUCACCAACGGCGUCCGACGAGGGGAUGUCUUCAGCGAAUAUGUCUGCAAGUGUCAAGAAGGUUUCCUGGGAAUUCAUUGCCAGAAAAGUUUGAGCGACUGUGCGGGCCGGCCCUGUAAGAACGGAGGAGUGUGUCGGACCGUCAACGGGGUCCCCGGCUGCCACUGCCCCUCCCCCCAUGUCGGCAAAUACUGUCAGUUCCGGUGCAUCUCCUUGCUGGGGAUGGAAAAAGGGGGAAUCGCCGAGUCCCAGAUCUCCGCCUCCUCGGUGCACUACGGCAUUCUGGGACUGCAGCGCUGGGGCCCCGAGCUCGCUCGCCUCAACAACAAGGGCCUUGUCAACGCGUGGACCGCGGCCUCUUAUGAUAAGAGCCCCUGGAUAGAGGUCAACCUGCGGAGGAAGAUGCGGCUGACGGGCAUCGUCACCCAGGGUGCCAGUCGAAUGGGCACAGCAGAGUUCAUCAAAGCUUUCAAGGUGGCCUCCAGUCUGGAUGGCAGAACCUACAGCGUAUACCAACUCGAGGGACAGCUGAAAGAUAACGUGUUUACAGGGAAUGUGGAUAACGAUGGGAUCAAGACGAACCUGUUUGACCCACCCAUCCUGGCCCAGUAUCUGCGCAUCCUGCCCGUGGUGUGCCGCCGGGCCUGCACCCUCCGCAUGGAGCUCGUCGGCUGUGAGCUGAAUGGCUGCUCCGAGCCGCUGGGCGUGAAGUCGCUGCUGAUCCCGGACAGUCAGCUGACGGCCUCCAGCGUCUACCGUACCUGGGGCAUCGAGGCCUUCACUUGGUACCCCUACUACGCCAGGCUGGACAGGCAGGGCAAGACAAACGCCUGGACCGCUGCCACCAACAGCCGCUCCGAGUGGUUCCAGGUGGACCUGGAGAAGCCUAAACGGAUCUCGGGCAUUAUUACCCAAGGGGCUAAAGAUUUCGGAGUGGUGCGGUUUGUAUCUGCCUUUAAAGUGGCUUACAGUACUGACGGCCAGACGUGGUCUGUGAUCGAGGACCCAGAGACCAAAACUGACAAGAUCUUCCCGGGCAACAGCGACAACAACACUCAUAAGAAGAACUUCUUCGAGCCGACAAUCUGGGCCCGCUUCGUACGCGUCCUCCCCUGGACGUGGCACGAGCGCAUCACCCUGCGCCUGGAGCUCCUCGGCUGUGACGAGUAGUGCCCUGGGUGCCUGGCCACGCCCACUUUUCAUUGCCACGCCCCCUUUCCAUUGCCCCGCCCACCCACUCAUGCACACGCACACCUCGUUCACAGCCACCCGGUCCAGCAUUAUGUCUCUUCGACGCCCUCUGCUGUUUGCUAGCUUCUGUUCGGUGGACCUCUACUUGCCCUCUGUAACUAUGAUACGAUAUUGUAAUUCGUGGUGUAUAUAAGCAUGUGGUGAGUACUGGUGUCACAUUAAUGUUUUGUGCUGCAUGGACCUGAUCACCUGUAGCCUGUAGGAGGGCCGACGUCCUCUGUGUUUGUGGUAAGGUUUAAAUACCUUUUUUGCGGCACUAUUUACAGAGAGAUAUUGAGUAUAGUAGUAUUAGUUUAGGAUGUCGGGUUUCGCUGGUGUUUUGGUCAGCCUGUGAGCACUUAAGUUAACCAUUAACACGGUUAGUAAGUAGAAGGCAGGACAACAGUGUAGAAUCUUCAGGAGCGACGGACGUUGCAAAAACAGCCUCCUGAGACCUGAAUGAGGCCCUCUGCAUCCUGCCACUUCAGCUGAGGAGAUGGGAGGCCUGUUUAUCCAGUGCAGGGAUCCGGAACGGCGUCAUGGCGUGGCUGAGCUUGUUUUCAUUAGUGACGGGACGUGGAAUGUUGGCAGGCCGUCCCCGUGGGAGUCGCUCCUCGCGAUGGUGUGUUAGCUGCCUUUCUGGGCGAAGUUCAGAGGUGUGUUAAGGGUCUGUUCACUGAAAGCUGGACUUGGUUAGUUUUAUAGUUUCCAUGAAGUCCAUUUUUUAUUUUAUUUUUUUUCCCCCUGACCUCUUAAAAGCAGGAAUUUUUAAAAGGAUAUUUGCCAUUUCAGAGAGAUCCAGGCUGUAGCCGAGUCUGGAAUGUGGCAGAGUUUCACCAGGCAAGUGUUUAGAAACGGAGAUUUCUAGCAGUGACUCAAAGGACGUUUGUGUUCUGGCUGAAUUGUGCAUUUUUCCCCUCUCUGCUUGCUAUUGCAUUCCAAAAUCUCCUGCUUGAUGACACUGCAGGAAGCGGACGGCCGUGCCCGUCUGCUUCCCUGAGACUGUCAGGCCCCCAGCCACUUGGCCUCCCAUUGGCUGGUAGACAGGCAGCGACCGGUCGGGGACAGGAAGUUUGUGCCAAGACCUGAACUUGUGGGAUCACCAGUAAAAUGGGGCCAAAGGUGCUGGGCUUGUGCACUGUGGCACUGGUGUCUUCUGGCUGGAGACUCCCUGUGUCCCAGGGAUGGAUCUGCCAAUCCGUGGGUGGCGAGCAGGGACAGAGUGGCCAGCAGAGCGGAGGAGCCUCUUGUGGGCCAGGAGAUGUUGGACUGCCUCCAAAACGUUUGUACCCGCAGGCCGAGGGCACACAUGUAGUCUCAUCCACUGUAAAAGGAUCGGAGAUGUUCUGAUAGACAUGGCAAUCGUCUUUGAAGACAUGCCACCAACACACUAAUUCUUCUGUUUUUGUUUCGAUUCCUGCUGUCCCGUUUCGCUCUGUUCGUCAAGAUGUUGAUCCGCUUUGAGAGUCAUUUUUUAAAUGCAAAUUUAUUGUUAAAGUUUACUGAGGUUUUUCCUCUUGAAUUUCUGAAUAAAGUUGAGUUUUUGUUUA